UGUCAGGAGGUCGCCAUAUUUCAGUACGGCCCCGCUGCCGGCCCGGCAGUCGGCUGGUUGGGAGAGGUGCUGACAGGGCGGGGCCGCUGCGCGGCUCUGCCGGCCUCACCCCCUCCCGCCCCGGACAGGUGGCUGGAGCGCGCCCCGCCCCCGCCAGCUGCGGGUGGGAGCGAGCGAGAGCCAGUCCCGGACGGCCGGGCGAAGAGUCCGGCAGCGGCGAAAGAGUAUCGUGGCGGCCAAAAAAAUGCUCCUGUACCGAGGGGCCCCCGCGGGCCCUGGCGCGCCGGGUAGCGCGCUGGCCAGGCCGGGCGGCGGCCCGCAGGCCUUUGGGAUCCGUUUGAGCACGAUGAGCCCUCGCUACCUACAGAGCAACUCCAGCAGCCACACGCGACCCUUCAGUGCCAUCGCGGAGCUGCUAGAUAAUGCUGUAGAUCCAGAUGUAUCCGCCAGGACGGUCUUUAUAGAUGUUGAGGAGGUCAAGAAUAAAACUUGUUUGACCUUUACUGAUGAUGGAUGUGGGAUGACACCUCAUAAACUACACCGAAUGCUCAGCUUUGGCUUUACAGAUAAAGUCAUAAAGAAGAGCCAGUGUCCCAUCGGAGUCUUUGGUAAUGGUUUCAAGUCAGGCUCCAUGCGGCUAGGAAAGGAUGCUCUUGUCUUCACCAAGAACGGGAGCACUCUCACUGUUGGACUCCUAUCACAGACAUACCUGGAAUGUGUCCAGGCCCAAGCAGUUAUUGUGCCAAUUGUUCCAUUCAACCAGCAAAACAAAAAAAUGAUUAUUACUGAGGAUUCUUUGCCCAGCCUAGAAGCCAUCUUGAACUAUUCAAUUUUCAACAAUGAAAAUGACCUGCUGUCCCAGUUUGAUGCCAUCCCAGGCAAAAAAGGCACUCGUGUUCUCAUUUGGAACAUCCGCAGAAAUAAAGAUGGAAAGUCUGAGUUGGACUUUGAUACAGAUCAGUAUGAUAUCCUGGUAACAGACUUUGGCACAGAUGAAAAAGAGACUGGUGGCGUUUCCUCUGAGCUGCCAGAAACAGAGUACUCAUUACGGGCAUUUUGUGGCAUUCUAUACAUGAAGCCACGAGUGAAAAUUUUUCUGCGUCAAAAGAAGGUGACUACCCAGAUGAUUGCCAAGAGCCUGGCCAAUGUAGGAUAUGAUAUAUAUAAGCCUACCUUCACAAAUAAGCAGGUGAAAAUAACUUUUGGGUUCUCUUGCAAGAAUAAUAACCAGUUUGGAGUAAUGAUGUAUCAUAACAACCGCCUCAUAAAGUCUUUUGAGAAGGUGGGGUGCCAGGUGAAGCCAACUCAUGGAGAAGGUGUGGGAGUAAUUGGAGUCAUUGAGUGCAAUUUCUUAAAACCUGCCUACAAUAAACAAGACUUUGAAUACACCAAGGAGUACCGGUUGACAGUAAAUGCCCUUGCCCAGAAGCUCAAUGCUUAUUGGAAGGAAAAGACCUCCCAAGAGAAUUUGGAGACCUCAGCCAUAGUCAGUCCAAUACCGAAGAUUCCUGACCAGACAUGGGUACAGUGUGAUGAGUGUCUGAAAUGGAGGAGGCUUCCUGGCAAGGUUGAUCCAUCCACAUUACCUGCAAGAUGGUUUUGCUACUAUAAUUCCCACCCAAAGUACAGGAGGUGCUCUGUUCCAGAGGAACAAGAACUCAUUGCUGAAGACCUGUACUUGAGCAGAGCUAAGAAACAAGAUCAAACUGUUGAGAAGAAGAAGGUACCAACAGAAAACGAGAGCCACCAGGUAUUCACUAAUCCGCUGAAGAUCCCUUCUAUUCAAGAUAUGGAUGACUUGAAUAAUAAGAUGACUGGGUAUGAGGGAAUUGAUAGCCCCAGCCAGCUUUCAUCUGUUGGAGAAGAAAGCAGAACAUCUUCUCUUCAACUUAAGCCUCUGGAUUCCAGCAUUUUUCAGUUCUCCAGCAAGUACAAGUGGAUCCUAGGUGAGGAACCUGUGGAGAAACGAAGAAGGCUCCAGAAUGAGAUGACAACACCUCCUCUAGAUCAUUCCAUGCCUGGCCCUUACAGGAGGGUGGAGGCAGCAGUUGCCUACCCAGAAGGGGAGAACAGCCAUGAGAAGUCCAGUUCUGAGAGAAGCACACCACCUUACCUUUCCCCAGAAUACCCAGAAGCAAUCAAGAGUACCAGUCAGAGUAGAGAGGUCUCAGUCCUGUAUUCAGGGGCCCAGGACCAACACCAGGGUUCCUUGCUCCCUGAAGAGUUAGAUCAAAUGCCACGAUUGGUGGCAGAAGAGUCUAACAGAGGCAACACACGUGUAAACAAGGAAGAAGUGAGCAAGGGACCUUUUGUAGCUGUUGUCGGUGUUGCAAAAAGUAUUAGAGAUUCAGGAGCUCCCAUUCAGCUGAUCCCUUUUAACAGAGAGGAGCUUGCUGAGAGAAGAAAAGCAGCUGAAUCCUUGAAUCCGGUGCCUUAUUCUUCUGUGGCCUCUGCUCCAACUCCUGCUGCAGCUGUUGCAGAGAAAGGAAGAGGCUACAAGGAGAACGGCAGUCGUAAUAUACCAAAGAUGAAGAACCAAAGAGAGCUAGAAGAACUGAAGAGAACCGCGGAAAAAUUGGAACGUGUUUUGGCAGAAAGGAAUAUGUUCCAGCAAAAGGUGGAAGAGCUGGAACAGGAGAGGAAUCAUUGGCAUUCCAAAUUCAAGAAAGUCCAACAUGAAUUGGUGACCUAUAGUACCCAGGAGACGGAAGGCUUGUAUUGGAGCAAGAAACACAUGGGCUAUCGCCAAGCUGAAUUCCAGAUUCUGAAAGCUGAGCUGGAGAGAACCAAAGAGGAGAAGCAGGAACUAAAAGAGAAACUGAAAGAAAUAGAGAGACACCUGGAAGUGCUGCAGAAGACUCAGGUCUCCUACCGGACCCCAGAGGGAGAUGACCUAGAAAGGGCUUUGGCAAAGCUUACGCGACUGCGUAUCCACGUCAGCUAUCUCCUUACUUCUGUCCUCCCUCACUUGGAGCUUCGCGAGAUCGGGUUUGACUCAGAACAAGUGGAUGGGAUCCUGUAUACAGUGCUGGAGGCAAAUCACAUACUGGAUUGAGCACCAGAUACUCUAUAUCCCCUUCUCUACCCUCUCCUUUCCUCCCUCCCUCUCACACACUUCUCUCCCUCCCUCCCUCUCUUGCUCGCUCUCUCUCUCUCUCUCUCUCAUCUUAUCCCUUACAAGGAGAAUCUUGGAGUAAUCCUGGUUCUUAAUCAGUCUGCUUUUUACACAGUCUUGGUGUAGAAAAAGAGGCUUAAUAGACUUGAAGAGUUCCAGGAACAGAAAAGCAGUCGUCACCAAACCAGGUGACCAGAGAGCUUUAACUUUAAUGACUCAGAUACUUGGCCUGUUUCAUAUUCUUUCUGAUAUGAUUUGUAUUCAUUUAACUUAAAUCAGUCAGCAAAUAUUGGGUCCAAUGUACCAGGUGUUUGGGGAUGAGUGAAGAAGUAUAACUCAUAGUUUCAGCCUUCAAGGACCUAACAUUCUAGUUGGAAACACAAGACCCACACCAAGUUAACUGACUUGUACAAAUGAGUGGAACAAACAUGAUAGAGAAGUUCCUGAGAAGGAAGGGCAAGGAAGGCAUCAUGUCAGAAAUGGGACCUUAGCUAAGGUUUGUUUAAAGAAUAGGCAUGACAGCAGUGUUAACAGUGGUUGGUCUUUACAUGGUAGGACUAUGGUUGACAUUUUUUUCUUCUUCCUGUCUUCCUACCUCUUUCAAAUUUUCUAUUAUAAACCUGUUAUUCUUCUUAAAUUGGAAAAAAAUAAAUCAUUUUUAAAUGAAUAGGCUUGGAUUUAGAUAUCAAGUGAGAGACUGUGUGAAAAUUUAAGGUAAUUUUUAUACUUAUAAUUUAUGUUGUAUUUAGCAUUACCUCUGGAAGAAAAACAUGAAAGCAUGGGAAAAGCUGGAAUGUAAAAAAUGUGUCUUGUAGGAGUGAUGGGUUAAUAUAAGGGAAAUAAGGUUAAAUCCCUUGUGGCUCAGCUGGUAAAGAAUCGUCUGCAAUGCGGGAGACCUGGGUUUGACCCCUGGGUUGGACAGAUCCCCUGGAGAAGGGAAAGGCUACCCACUCCAGUAUUCUGGCCUGGAGAAUCCCACGGACUGUAUAGUCUAUGGGGUUGCAAAGAGUCGGACACGACUGAGCGACUUUCAAGGUUAAAUCAUGACCCAUCUACCCACCCUCCUCUGUGGCGUUUGCAUUUUAAUAAGGAAUUCUUGAAAAAGAAAUCUUCAAGGCUCAAAUAUUUAAAAUGCGUAUCACCACGACUGUGGGCUCUAAGGUUAAGUGGGGAGGUAUUUUAGAGCAGUAACGUCUAUUUGAUAUCCCUCAGAAUACACCUCCUACCUACUCUUCAGGCUAGCGCUGGGUGAAGGAUAGAUCUCAUAUUAGCAGAAAUAGUGAAACACAUACUCCUGUAAAGUGGACAUUUUAUUUAUUCUUUUCUUUAUUGUAUUGGUAUAAUGCUUACUCUCCAAAGAGUUGAAGGUCGUCUUCAAAAGACAUUGACCAAUGAACACAUAAAAAUACACAAACCGUGAAAAAUAGGAAGUAAUGAAAUUAUAGAGAGAGGUGGGAUCAAGCAUUGCAAAGGAUUAGCUAGUCCUGAAGGAUGUUUUGGAUGUUCAUUUUAUUUCUCCUCUGCAGUUACUUCAGAAGACUCUCCCAAACUUAUUUUUAACUUUUUUGAAAUUCACGAGAGCCAUAAUGGAUACUCCAGUGGGACUGCAAGGAAGUAAGGGGAGGCUAGAGGUGCACUUCACCCAUAGAAUGUGUGCUUAAAAAACAAAGAAUGGGUGUUUAAUGAUAGCCCUGCCCUCUUCCCUCACCUCACUACUGCUCUUGCUGCCAAAUGAUGAAUUCUCGUGUCAGACUAUGAUAUGAAAGGCCCCGGUUGUCUAAUGUACUGAGGGAAGGCAGGUGGUACUUUGAACCACUCUCUCAGGGAUACUUGCUUUUCAAAUGAGGCCUGUGAAACAGUGGGACUUUGCACAGAGAGGGACAGUAUGAGGGGAGAGUGAUAUAGGGGAAGAUUCAGAGCAUUGAAGAUUCAGCCUGAGAGAAUGUGGCGUGCAUGCGUGUGUGUGUGUGUGUGUGUGUGUUGGGUCAGCAGUGGGGCAGAGUAUGAAAAAGUACAGGCAAUUGGGCUUUAGGAUGAAAAGGGUGGAAACAUUAAACUGUACUUGUGCUUACUUUCAGACCGUCUCCUAAUCUGUGGUCUCAACCCCAAACUGCUCCUUCCAACAACAGUUAGCUCUGUGAGUCCAGUCUCUACAAUACUGGAGCUACCCCUCUGUUACCCAUUUACAAUGAAACCAUACCAGCACAAAGUCCCUUUAACCAAAGUUAAAUGAGGCAAUGGAGAUCUUGAAAAGUGUCAUCCAGCCUUACCAGAGAUUAUGAUGUACUGUGGAGGCAAAAAAAAAAAGUGGUUGCCUUCUCCUGGCUAUCCUGUUAGGUUAGUAUAAUUCUUUCAAAAAUCUUUCACAUUUGCCCUUUAAUUUUUCAUUUCCACAGUCAACAAUUAGGUCCUUACUACCUCAUGCCUUCCUAAUUGAACUAGAUUCAUAUCUGACCUCCCUUGUCACCUCUUCUCAUUCAUUCACACCAGUCUACUCCCUGUCACUAAAUUGCUUUUAAUGCCCUCAUCAAGUUAGGCCUCUGCUCAACAACUGGUUGAGUGAGUGCUUUCAGCUGCGCACCGAGUGCAAUACAAAUUCCCUUGACUUCAACCAUGCUCAAUAGAUUCUUCUUACAUUCCAAACAAAAACCAUGUUCCAUCCAAGCUGAACUCUUUCAGUUUCUGAAUCUGCCUUGAAAUUUUUCUUUUCCAUCUUUGCCAUUCUAUUCCUUUUACCUGGAUUAUUUUCCUUCAUCAUCUUUCUUUUGGCUCUAAUAUCACCUUCUUUCCUGGAAAUUCCUCUGAUUAACCUAGCCAGAUAAGAAUUUCCUUUGAACAUACAAGUUUGUUGUCACUUAGGCUCUUAUCACAAGUGACCUUGUCCUAGGUUUCGCGUUAGAAAGCUCCACAUUCAAUAAAUUCAACUGCCUACUUGACAUUUGCACUUCCAGGUCUCACAGACAUUUUAAAUACAACCUGUUAAACAGUAACACACACGCUCUGGGACUGUUCCUUCCCCCAAUUUUGCUCAUUUUAGAAAAUGGCACCUCUACCCAAUCAGUUGCUUAAGCUAGAAACCUGGAAGUUAUGCUUAAUUUUCCUCCUCUAGUCCCACACAUCCAGUCUGCAGAAAGUCUGUCAAUUCUGUCUUCAAAGUAUAUCUUGACUCCACUCAUAUUUACUACAUCUACCUUAGUCCAAACUACUAUCAUCUUCCAUGUGCUAUUCUGCUUAGUCACUUCAGUCGUGUCCGACUCUGCAAUCCUAUGGACUAUAGCCCACCAGGCUCCUCUGUCCAUGGCAUUCUCUAAGCAAGUGGGUUGCCAUGCCCUCCUCCAGGGGAUCUUCCCGACCCAGGGAUCGAACCCAUGUCUCUUAACAUUUCCUGCAUUAGCAGGCAGGUUCUUUACCACUAGCGCCUGCAACUCCUAACUGGUUCCUUGCUUCCAUUUUUGUUCCCACAAUUGUCUUACACUGCAACCAGAAUGAUUAAAAAAUACAAGUCA